AUGAGGUCAUCAGGACUACUACUGUGUGUACUGGCUGUAGCGACGGCGUCCUCCCGGUUCCCCCGUGACACGUCAUCUCAGAGCCCCAGGGUCAUUACGGAGGAGACCAACCCCCCCAACCUUCUCCUGGACACUCUGAACCCCAACAGCUCCCUCCCUGUCCCCCCUCUCCCUCCCGCCUUCCGACCACGCCCACCAGGCCCCUACCCCCCCAUGUGUAUCAAGCCCACAGAGAUUAAACAAGCCUUUAAAUAUGUGAACACGGUGGUGAGCUGUGUGAUCUUGGUGGUGGGGAUGAUCGGUAACUCCACCCUAUUAAGGAUCAUCUAUAAGAACAAGUGUAUGAGAAACGGACCCAACAUUCUGAUUGGCUCUCUUGCCUUGGGGGAUCUUCUCUACAUCCUCAUCGCUAUCCCCAUCAACGUCUUCAAGCUGAUAGCAGAAGACUGGCCGUUUGGGGUUCAUGUUUGCAAGUUGAUGCCCUUUAUCCAGAAGGCUUCAGUAGGAAUCACUGUCCUCAGCCUGUGUGCCCUGAGCAUCGACAGGUACCAUGCGGUGACGUCGUGGAGUAGGGUGAAGAGGAUAGGGAUCCCUCUGUGGAAGGCUAUGCAGGUCACAUUCAUAUGGCUGGUAGCUGUCCUGCUGGCUGUUCCGGAGGCUGUGGCCUUUGACAUGAUGGAGAUGCCUUACAGAGGCAGCAAGCUACGAGUCUGUCUGUUACACCCCCAGCAGAACACUGCUUUUAUGAAGUUCUACCAGGAUGUGAAGGACUGGUGGUUGCUAGGGUUCUAUUUCUGUCUUCCUCUGGCCUGCACCGGCGUCUUCUACACCCUGAUGUCCUGGGGGAUGUUGAGCAGGAAGAAGGGCAUGAGGAUUGCUCUCAACGACCACAUGAAACAG